UUGCAAGACUUGUAUGCAAAACCACCCUGUUCACGAGCCUCUUUGACAGUAUCAUUAAUGAUUAAGUUAAUGAUGGAGCCGGCAUUACAGUACAAAUGUUAGUGACAUCUCUUCAUAUCCUUUUAGUUACUGGAGCCUCUGCACGGAAUUUAUGUCAUCCACUCUCCUCCCUCCUGAUCUAAACAACACCCCCAAUUCCAAAACCUCUCUCUCUCUAUCUCUCUCCAUAUAUAUAUAUAUAUAUACACACACACACACACACACUCACCUGAUGAGCUAAGAAAGCAAGAAUCAAGAUGGGUAAUUCUCAAACAAAGGAUAGGAGCACUGCAAUUAGUGAGAAAGAUGUUGAAGACUUGAGAGAGAAGGUAAGGGUACUACAGAAGGAGAUUGAUGAUAUAAUGGGCAUGAGAGAGAGUGAGAAUCAGGCUUAUGAGCAAGAUAUGAUGGUUUUUGCACUGAAGGAAGCGGAGUGGAAGAGAGAGAGGAAGAAGCUGAGAGAGGAGGUGAAGAGACUAAGGAAGGGGUUGGAGGAGAGAGAAGAGAAGAUAAGAGGGAUGGAAGGUGAGAUGGUAGGAGGAAAAAGUGACAAAGAGUGGGAAUUGUUGGGGACUGGCUACUUGUUGGAGCAUAUAAGAGAGGAGAGAGAGAGGAGAGAUGAGACUGUGGAGAAGUGGAAAAGGCUAUAUCUUGCAAUCAAGAGUGAGCUUGAUAAUCUUAUUCUCAGGGCCAAUCAAGGAAAAGGGUUGUCCGGGAGAGGAGAGGAAGAAGACAUCAUGGAGGAGCUACAUAGGGAAUUGAAAGCCAAGGGAGAAACCAUUGAACUUCUGCAAGCAAGAGUGGCUGCAAUGGAGCAACAAGAAUCCAACAGGGAGAGAGAGGUGGACAUAUUAAGGCAAAGCAUGAGAAUCAUGAGUCACAAGAAUAAGCCCACAAAAAUUGCUAAAGGCCUUUCAAGAAGCUUGCACUUGUAAAGCAGCCACACAAUAAAAUUUUACAUGUGAAAUUUAGGAAUAUUUUCUAUAUUAUUGAUUUAAAUUGGUUUGAGUACCACUUCGCAUACCUUUUUUUUGGAACCUCCCCCAAGUUAUUUUGAAAUUAUGCACUAGAUCAGGAGAGUUUGUAGGGAGAAAAGUUGUGUUUAAUCAAUUCUGAAUAUCAUCUCCGUCACAAGAUUUUCUCAAUUCUUU